GGAUGGAGGUAGAGCUCAGCUUGUGAUUUCAGAACCUAGGCUGAUCCAAGAGGUUCUAAAAAACAGUGAAAAGGGUUUUCCGAAGAGGGAGCCUUCGGUUUUUAGUAGAAAGUUACAGGGGAAUGGGCUUACGGUCUUGGAGGGCGAACGAUGGGCGAGGCGUCGGAAGCUGGUGAAUUAUGCUCUUCAUGGGAAAGCUUACAGAACAUGAUACCGGGAUUUAUUGCUAGCGUUGAUGCAAUGCUGGAAAAGUGGAAAGGACGAGAAGACAAAGAGAUGGACGUGUUCGAAGAAAUUCGAGUUUUGACUUCAGAGAUGAUAUCGAGAUCAGCUUUCGGUACCAGUUACUUGCAAGGGGAGAAGAUGUUUGACAUGUUGAAUAAGUUGUCGGCAAUAGUUGGUCGGGUUGCAAUGAAGAAGAAGAUUCCCCUAAUCGACAAAAUUUGGAAAAGUGCUGAUUUUGUUGAGUCUGAACAACUUGUGAAAGCUAUAGAAGAUUGUGUGAUGGAGAUUGUUAAGAUAAGAGAAGAGAAAGUUGUGAACGGUGAAGCCGAUAGCUUCGGCGAUGAUUUUCUGGGAAUUCUUGUAAGUGCUUAUCGUGAUUCGAACGAUAAAAACAGGCUUUCAAUGGACGAUUUGGUGGAUGAAUGCAAAUUAUUCUUCUUAGCUGCACAGGCAACUGUUAAUUCCUUGAUUGCGUGGGCGAUCAUGGUUUUAUCAAUCCACCAAGACUGGCAAGAGAAAGCAAGAAUGGAGGUGAUCGAGAUCUUCGGCGAUCGAAACCCUGAUUCCAACGGCAUUGCCAAGCUCAAAAUCAUCACCAUGAUCAUUCACGAAACCGAGAGAUUGUACGGUCAGCCGAGUCCGCUGAUGCGAAAAGUCGAAAGGGAAGCUCGGUUGGGGGAGCUAGUCUUGCCGGCUGAUAUCGAUCUUCGACUAGCGACGAUUGCGGUUCACCAUGACACUCAACUAUGGGGAGACGAUGCGCAUCUCUUUAAACCGGAUAGAUUCGCAGAGGGGAUUGCAAAAGUUACGAGAAACAACGCGGCAGUGUUUUUCCCCUUCGGAUUGGGACCUCGGACUUGUGUCGGUAUGUCGUUCGCAUACACGGAGGCGAAGAUUGCUCUCUCUAUGAUUCUGCAACGCUACACCAUUAGCCUCUCCCCUGCCUAUGUCCACUCACCACAAGUUCAUCUCAGUCUUAGGCCAGGACAUGGAAUUCAAGUGAUACUACAUUCAUUGGAUUAAUGAAUCUCAACAAAAUCCGAUUAGUCGAUCAAUAAAUCGAAUAUGAGUGAUUUAUUUAAAAUAAAAGUAAAAACAACAGAACUGCUUAGGUAAAAGUAAUUGCCUCAAACCAUGUUGGUCAAUUUGCUCUAUUUUACAUGUUAUACCAUGUUUAGGUAAAAGUGCCACGGAAGUCCCUGUACUAGGUGGUGAAUUGUAAUUUGGUCCCUCUAUUGAAAAAAUUAACCAAACUAGUCCCUCUGCAACUCGUAUAUAUCCGGAAUUGGUAUCUCAUAGUUCA